AUGAUCGCUGCUGAGAGGAUAACGCAUUGCUUGGACCAUCGUCGCUAUCGUCUCUCUCAACCACGACAGACUCAGAUUCUCAAUCGGUACACGUCGAAGAGCUGGGGAAACAUCCCCCAAUUUGUUUGGGAUCACCCGGAAACUCAGAAGGCAUAUCAUGGUUUGGACAAGAAUUCACGCCGGCCAUGGAGAAUAACUUUGGAAAUCCCUCAGGGAAAUCCCCCAUCUCUGGUUCCACUGACCAUUCCAACCUCCCCUGCCGACCAUCGCACACUUUCAGCAGCGAACGCCAUACCCUCUGGCUCACCUUUCACUUCCCACACACCUUCCACGGCUUAUCCAAGCCCUCUAUCAGCCACCACCCCAUCGGCCGCUUCACAUACACCUCAAACAGUCCAUCUCGAACCUCCCGAGGUGGCUGUUUCAUUCGCCAGCUCAUCGACUGCUCUAUAUGCACCCAAUACGCACCCUCCAACAAUACCUCCUCUUCCGGAACGUAAACGCGGCUGCCCAAAAGGGAGCGCGAAAAUCAAGCCGCUGGUCUCUGGAACACCUUCACGACAUGAAGGUCCUUCUUUCCAGGCACCAUGCUGCCAAAAUUACCAGAUGCACAGGUCACGUCGCGUCAGCAACGUGGCAACCAUCCGACACAAACCAGUGGCGACCACAAUGACAAAUGAUAUGCUGAUUGUCGUCGUCAUCAUCGUAACAACCAUGAAUGAUCAUGACACGACAACACGACCAUGCAACAACCAUGGCAGAACAAAAGCACACGACGAGACACGACCAUUACUGAACAAGCAGGGUCCACGUCGCCACUGUGACGAUGCAUGUCGUCGUAACUGCCCACGUCAAUUCAGAAUACCAUUCUCAAUGGUCAUUUUUUUGAACUAUCCUUAA